AGAAGCAGUCACUCGUGUCUCACAUUCAGGUAUUCCAUUGUCAUUGCUUGGUCGGCAGAGAAGGAGGAUAUAGAGGGCAUAAGUGGUGAGCAUAUAAGAGGUGUGAAGCUACACUGAAGGGAGCGCUUUUAUAAGAAGUCUUUGACGAGGGAAACUGCAGCCGCCAAUGAUGGCACACACGACACAAAUCUCCAAAGAUGAACUGGAAGAGUUAAGGGAAGCAUUUGGUAAAGUUGAUCUGGACAGCAGUGGAUACAUAUCAGAUUAUGAGCUCCAUGAUCUAUUUAAAGAAGCCAACCUUCCUCUUCCCGGAUACAAAGUGCGAGAGAUCAUUCAGAAGCUGAUGAGUGAUGGCGAUAAGAAUAAAGAUGGAAAGAUUUGCUUUGAAGAGUUUGUUUUUCUUGUACAAGAGUUGAAAAGUAGUGACAUUGCCAAAACCUUUCGGAAAGCAAUCAACCGCAAACAGGGAAUUUGUGCCAUCGGAGGGACCUCAGAACUAUCUAGUGAGGGCACCCAGCACUCCUAUUCAGAGGAGGAAAAGUAUGCCUUUGUCAACUGGAUAAAUAAGGCAUUGGAGAGCGAUCCAGACACCAAGCAUGUGCUCCCCAUGAAUCCAAAUACCAAUGACUUAUUCCGGGCUGUAGGAGAUGGCAUUGUGCUGUGUAAAAUGAUUAACCUCUCUGUACCUGACACAAUUGAUGAAAGGGCAAUAAACAAGAAGAAGCUGACUCCCUUCACUAUCCAGGAAAAUCUGAACUUGGCGCUAAACUCUGCCUCUGCUAUUGGCUGCCAUGUAGUUAACAUUGGCGCAGAAGAUCUUAAGGCUGGAAAACCUCAUCUGGUGUUGGGGCUCCUGUGGCAGAUUAUAAAGAUUGGUUUGUUUGCAGAUAUUGAACUCAGCAGGAAUGAAGCCUUGGCUGCAUUACUUCGUGAUGGAGAAACGCUGGAAGAUCUGAUGAAAUUGUCCCCAGAAGAGUUGCUCCUGAGAUGGGCCAACUUCCAUCUGGAGAACGCUGGCUGGCAGAAAAUCAAUAACUUCAGCUCCGAUAUUAAGGACUCAAGAGCCUAUUUCCAUCUGCUCAACCAAAUUGCACCCAAAGGGCAGAAGGAAGGUGAAGAGAGAAUUGAUAUUAACAUGUCUGGAUUCAGUGAGAAGGAUGAUCUGAAGAGGGCUGAGUACAUGCUCCAGCAAGCAGAUGGACUGGGCUGCAGGCAGUUUGUUACUCCUGCUGAUGUUGUGAGCGGAAAUCCGAAAUUAAACAUGGCUUUUGUGGCUAACUUGUUUAAUAAGUACCCAGCGCUCACUAAGCCUGAGAACCAGGACAUUGACUGGUCCCUCCUCGAAGGAGAAACUCGAGAGGAAAGGACAUUCCGUAACUGGAUGAACUCACUUGGUGUGAACCCCCAUGUGAAUCACAUUUACAAUGACCUACAAGAUGCCCUAGUAAUCCUACAGCUGUAUGAAAGGAUUAAAGUGCCAGUUGACUGGAACAAAGUAAACAAGCCCCCAUAUCCUAAACUUGGGGCAAACAUGAAAAAACUUGAGAACUGUAAUUAUGCAGUGGAUUUGGGAAAACACACUGCCAAGUUCUCCCUCGUGGGUAUCGGUGGGCAAGACCUGAAUGAUUGCAACCCAACGCUGACCCUUGCGGUAGUCUGGCAAGUGAUGAGAAGGUAUACUUUCAAUCUCUUGGAGGGCCUUGGAGAUGGACAGAAAGCUAAUGAUGACAUCAUUGUCAAUUGGGUGAACAGAACUUUGGCAGAAGCUGGCAAGUCCUCCUCCAUUCAGAACUUUAAGGACAAAUCGAUCAGCACUAGUCUUCCUGUAGUAGAUCUGAUUGAUGCCAUCCAGCCGGGCAGUAUUAAUUAUGACCUGGUGAAGUCUGGUACACUUUCUGAUGAGGACAAACAUGAGAAUGCAACAUAUGCCGUGUCAAUGGCCAGACGAAUUGGAGCAAGAGUAUACGCCUUGCCUGAUGACCUCGUGGAAGUGAAGCCGAAAAUGGUUAUGACUGUGUUUGCUUGCUUGAUGGGUCGAGGAAUGAAAAAGGUGUAAAUGUCACAUUGACAUCUGAGGGGUGUGACAUCCACCAAGGGAGAGUGGCUUACAAAUCCUGACAGUUCGGGGCCUUUUCGCACUGUUGAGAACUUUUUAGCGGUGGCAAAAUUUUGCUUUGCAGCAUUAAAAAACAAACAAAAAACAGUUCUCAGGAAGAAGCGCUGUACGCCUCAAGUGCUCUUUCCAAGCUGAACUGUCAAGAUCACACCAAAAUGCAUUCAUCCUUGGACCACUUGUGGCCUCCUGUUACUCUUAGAUCUUCCUUCAUAGUAAUUCCAAGCAAUAUGGCUUUUAUUUCUGGUCAUAUACAAUGCAGUCUUAACCACCUACACCAUAAUAAUGAACAUCACAUAAGAUGUUGCAUGCCGCUAGAAGGCUUGUCUACUGAAAUAUAGAGCGUUGCCCACUAUGGCGGUCAUAUUGUGCCCAAUGGGCAUAACUUCAUUCCAUACUAAAACUGCACACAUCACACCCGUGAUGCCUGAGAGUUUACGUCAGAAAAUAUCUUAGAACAUUCUUGGCUACGAAAGCCCUUUUAUUAUUAGGAUCCAUACAUGGCGAAAGCAUCAGUAUGUUUUCAUCUCGGCCGUCAUCUCCUUCUGUCAUUCCUGGUUAAUAUUGAAUGCAUUUUUGUCUGCAUCUUGGUUUAAACUUCAAGCAUUACCAUAAAGAAUAUUUUUUUCCCUUUUUUUGUAUAAGGCCUGCAUGAACAUUUAUUUUUUGGUAACAAUUUUUAUUUAAAAAAAUUCUAUCUGCUCUAAAAACCGACUUGUUUUAUCUGGAAAUGCUGGGUUCAUUUGUGCCAGAGACCACACGCUGCACAUAAGCGGUAUGUUUGACAUGUUCACAUCAAGGAGAAGUGGACGGAAGGGCCAAAGAAUUAACAUCUACGUUAACAUCUCUAUUGACAUAUACUUAGGAUAUCGCUUUGGCAAACUGUUUGCUAGACUUUUAAGAUCAUGCUGCUGUUUUAUGCUGUGGAUGAAGAUAAUAUGGAGGUAAAGCAGAAUUCAAAUAAAGAAAAUGUUUUGGCA